AUGGCCGAUAAUGACGAUGAAUAUAAUCAGUUUUUACAAACACAUCAAUUACAACUUGUUUUGAAUAAUAUUCCAAAACAUUUUUAUCGACGUUUAUAUGAAAAAAUGAAAAAUGAAAUAUUUGAUAGUGGUUCAUAUUUUCAAAUAUGUCCAGUUGAUGAUGAUGAUGAAGAAUUAGAAAAAACAUUUAAUCCUGAACGUCGUUUUUAUGUUUCAACACUUGAAAAUGUUGUACUUGAUCCAGACAAUGAUGAAAAUGCAAUAUUUCUUAUUGAUCAUGCUUGGACGUAUAGAAUAAAUGAUGCAAGAAAUAAUUUAAAAUCGAUUCCAAAUUUAUAUGAACGUAUGGCAUCAUUAAUGAACGUUAAUUCGGAAACAAAAGAUGAUGGUAUUGAAUUAAUAUUACAACGUAUGUGGAAAUUUAAUCAAACAUAUGCAUUAGCAUCUGCACAAAUCAAUCCACAUCCAGAUGCAGAAAUAGUACAAGCACCUUAUUGGUAUGUAAUGGAUGAGCUUGGUUCAUCAAUACGUCAUUCAGAUACCAAUGCAAAUGUUUGUUGUACGUCUUUUUUCUUUGUACCAACUCAAACAAUGUUUACAUUACUUUAUCCAAUUGUUCGUAUUGAACAACCAUAUACUGAAAUUUUUCGAAAUUUUGUUGAUGAUAAUAGUAGUAUACUUAUUCGAAAUAUAAAAUUAUUACCAUGGCAUCGUGUUCAUAAUCGUAAAAUAAUUCUUCGUAAUUUAACAAUUGAAAAUUGUCCUGAAUUAUUUUCAAAAAAUCUUCAAAAUAAUAAAGAAAUAUUUGAACAAUGUUAUAAAAAUGAUUUAUAUGAUAAAAUACCAAUGAAAAUUGAAUUAAAUAAAUUUGAUAAAGAUUAUAUUUGGAAAGUUUAUACAGAUCAUAAUCUUAUUAAACAAUAUUUAACUGAUCAACAUUAUCAAUUAAUUGAUAAUCUUGAUCAAGUUGAUAUUAUAUUUACAAAAAAACAAAUUCUAGAUUUUCGUCAUGAAACAUUACAGAAUUUAUUAAUUAAUCAAUUUCCAUUUGAAAAUGUCUUGACAAAUAAAGAAUUAUUAGCAUUAACAGCUAGACGAUGGAAAUCAUUAUAUGGUUCAUCAUCAACAAUAAUUGAAAAUGAUCCAUACAUUAAAUCACAUGGAAGUCCACCAUGGUUACCGAUAACAUUCAAUCUUAUUCAUGAAUUACCUCAAUUUGGUGCUUAUUUUCAAUAUUGUGAAGAUCACCAAAUUGAUAAUACUUGGAUAGUUAAACCAAUAACUUUAACACGUUCACUUGAUAUAUCAAUCACAAAUUUAUUUGAUAUGAUUAUUCGUUUACCAGAAUCAAGCUCAAAAAUUGUUUGCAAAUAUGUAUCGAAUCCAGUUUUACUUAAAAUACCUGAAAUUGAAGAUAAUGGAGUAAAAUUUGAUAUUCGUUAUAUACUACUUUUACGUAGUGUUCGACCAUUAAAAUUAUAUGUUCAUAAAAUUUUUUGGCUUAGUUUUGCAAAUAAAUCAUUUUCAAUGAAAGAACUCGAUGAUCAUGAAACACAUUUUACUGUAAUGGAUUAUCGAGUAAAUACACAUAUAAGACAAAUAGAUUGUGAAACAUUUAUAACUAUGUUUAAUGAACAACAUGGUGAAACAUGGUCAACUAUUGAACAACGUAUAUUUGAAAUGUUUCGAGAAAUAUUUCAUUGUG